GCCGACAUUGCUGUUUACGAAUCUGCACAUGGAUGCGUUCUUGCGUGUGCAUGGACUGACCAGUGGAGACGUAGCGAGAGUGCAUGUUUUUUAUAGUUAAGGCUAGUAAGUACAUGCUGAUGCUGUACUACGUGUUAGAUGAAGAAUAUUUUGAAAGGUGUUGGUGUACUUAGGAGGUGUACAACUAGUACACCUCCUAAGUGUGGAUGUAUUUCUUGGAAGCACGACAAGGAUCAAAAAUAAUGGAGUAACUAAGGAGCCGUCAUUUCUUUGAAUUUUCCUCCACCUCUAAUUCCCCAUAUGGAAUGCUGUCAAUGAUGUCUUUGCUGGCGUGUUUUCUGACCACAUUGUCGCCUUUUUCAAGCUGACGCGGAUUAGU